AACACCUUCAACGCGUCGCGCGACCAUGUCUUCCCUUCCCUCCUCGUUAGAGUCCCUUGUCCUCUCCCUUGUCCCUCCUACGCGAAGCAAUGACCACCUCAAGGACGAGCUUGUCUUGCAUUGUCAGGAUAUAUUGAACAGCCAUAUUGGCCAGAACCAUGAACCAGAUCUAGCUCACCUUGCAGAUUCAGUUAAACGACAGUUACUUCACUCGUCUCCGUCAGGUAGCACGUACCUCAAAUUUACCAAUCUUUUAUCCCGACUGCUGGACCAGCCCGUGCUAUCAAGAAAACACGCGUCUAUUCUCUUUCUGUACUCUCUAGCAUCAUCAUCAGCAUCGCACUCUUCAACGCCUUCCCUACUUCCAUCACUAAUACCACCACCGCCGUCGCGGCCAGCCGCCUCACCAAUCACAGUAGAUCCGCCUGUCGAUACCCGAUAUGCCAAGGGAAGAACAAAAUCCGAUAUAUUAAGAGAGUACCGUACAAAGACAGGUUGUGCUAUUAUUCCUGAGCACUUGUUGCUCCGUGAUACCCUUUAUUUGUUGCAGGGAAUCUCAGGGAAAUAUGUCCGGUUUUCAUUACAGGAUGAUUCGGAGAAUAAACUCGUGUUUGUGGAAGACUCAAAAUAUAUGAUAUCCGAACCAGUCAAGACGCUCAUCCACAAACUAUCAGAAGUGGGGUAUCUCUAUACCCGCGUUGAGACCUUUGUUCGAGAACGGGAAGGCGCCCCGGCUGUUGGGAUGAUUGAGCAGAGCCUGUGUCACCACUUGCAAGCCCAGCUUACUGAAUACUAUCGUCUCAUCGCUGUCUUGGAGUCACAGAUGCCUACCCCGCCAAAACACCCGGCCGAUGAAUCAGAGGAGAAGCAGAGCAUCCGCCAGGAAGAGACGGGACUGACACUGAAGCGGUUAGAUGUGUGGAUCAAUGAUUGGCGACUGAGGAUGAGGAUGAUGAGUGUAUGUGUCGAAGGGGCCCGAGACGCACACGGAGGCGCACUAGUGAAUCUUAUCCAUAGCUAUACUGAUAAUGGCGACCCCUUUGUGCGAAAGUUUACUGACCAGCUUUUGGAAGAGGUGUCCAAACCUUUUUUUGCCACUCUUCAUAAAUGGCUAUUCUCUGGGGAGCUAUAUGAUCCUUUCAACGAGUUCUUUGUGGCCAUGGAUCCAUCUCUAAAGCACGUUCAAUACACGCAUCCUUCCUCUCUAUCAGGAGGAUUUGGACAAGCUACAGGCGAUGGAGGUCUUGGGGGUCUGCUCAUGGACAAUGAAGAUGCCAGCGAUAAGAGGGAAAAUGGACUUCAGUUGUGGCAGUCCAAAUAUCAAUUCCAGGAGGACAUGCUGCCCAUGUUUGUAGGCGAGGCCUUUGGAAGAAAGAUUUUGUCGACUGGUAAAAGUUUGAACUUCAUUCGAUACAGUUGCCAUGAUAGUGAUUGGGUUGCUACUCGAGAGAAAAUGAGUGACAGUGGUGGGACUUUGAAGUACAGCGAUAUAAACGGACUGGAGCGUUCGAUAGACGCCGCUUAUCAGGUCGCGAGUCAUCGUCUAUUCGAGGUCUUCAUCGACAAGUUCAAGCUUCUCGACCACCUUGAAGCACUCCAAAACUACUUCCUUCUUGGUCACGGUGACUUUGCCGACCAACUCAUGGAGGCUCUCGGCCCCAGCUUAGCCCGCCAGGCCAACACCCUCUUCCGACACAACCUGACCGCCACCCUCGAGACCGCCAUCCGAUCGUCCAACGCGCAAAAUGACCCCGCCCAUGUCCUACGCCGGCUUGACUCCCGCAUGCUCGAGUAUACCCAUGGCGAGAUCGGCUGGGAUGUAUUCACGCUCGAAUACAAAGUCGACGCACCUAUCGACACGGUAAUUGACCCCGAGUCGAUGAUCAAAUACUUGAAACUGUUUAGCCACCUGUGGCAGAUGAAGAGGAUCGAGGGCGCACUGAGUCAAGGAUGGAUGAGAGUGGCGGGGGAUACAAGGUCGUUUUUACGGGUUCCCGAUUUGGAGUUCCAAUGGCACCAAAUCCGGAUCGUCAACGCUGAGAUGAUACAUUUCAUCCGGCAAAUGCAGGCAUAUUGCCAUUUGGAGGUGAUCGAGUGUUCUUGGAAGGUGCUGGUCGAGUUUUUGAACAAGAAGGAGGGAGACUUGGACGCGAUGAUUAAUGCACACCGGACAUAUCUGGAUCGUAUGGUGAAGAAGGUGCUAUUGCUGAGUCCCAAGGCGGGAAGGGAGGAGAAUCUACUUGUACAAGUUCGAGAGUUGUUUUCGAUAAUAUUACAGUUCAGGGAAGCCUCGGACAACUUUUACAAUUAUUGCUUAUCAGAGUCUGUUCGACGAGACAGGGAACGAGAUAAUGAACAGGGUGUAUACACUGGACGAGAGGUGACAGGCGGUGAACUCCCAAUACAGCUCAAUCCGGUCAAAGAGUACGGAGCAGAGUUUUCUGAAAAAGCUCAAGCACUGGUGCAUCAGCUUCAGACGCAUCCAGACUUGGACUGUCGUUUCCUGGCUGUCAGACUCUCUUUCUCAGAGUACUACCGCACCAAAAAGGAUCUUGCAGCUCAUAAAUCAUAGCCU